CAAUUAUGGAAAAAUCAUAAUAGCCCAAGAGCACCUCUCUAAUCUUUAUAUAUCCAUUCUUUUCUAUAGCUACCACAACACCUCUUGUCAUGGAAGAACUAGACUGCCUUCCUUCAUCUUCCACCACCACCACUACCUCCUCCUCUUCCACCACCACAAGCUCCUCUUUUUUGUCAAAUUCUCAUAGUUUAAACUCUUGUUCAAGUUUCAAAAAAACUACAAGGAGUGCUCCAGAAGAGAGCAAGGCUAAAAAAGGCUUGAAGAGAGUUCUUCAAGAGGUGAAAAAUGGCAAUGAGGAUAGGAAGAGGCACAAAAAUGGGGGUGAGAGCAAGCAUCCGACUUAUCGUGGAGUAAGGAUGCGUAGUUGGGGCAAAUGGGUGUGUGAAAUUCGCGAGCCGAUGAAGAAAUCAAGAAUAUGGCUCGGGACAUACCCAACGGCUACAAUGGCGGCUCGAGCCCAUGAUGUGGCAGCUUUAGCGAUCAAAGGUGAGUCAGCAUAUCUCAAUUUCCCUGAGUUGGCUCAUAGACUCCCCUGCCCUGCCAGCACCUCACCCAAGGACAUCCAAGUGGCGGCAGCCUCGGCCGCCACUUCAACCACACUCUCAUGUGAAGCUGAGCCAAGCCAAGCCAAGCUUCCUAGUUCUCGCUCCUCAACUACUUUUUCAUCAGAUAACGAUGACGACGACAACGACGACACUUUUCUUGAUCUACCUGAUCUCUCUCUUGACGCCACGGAUCCAAGCGAUAAGUAUAUUUACUAUGCUUCAUCAUGGCAGCUGGCUGGAGUCGACACGGGUUUCCGACACGAGGAGCCCUUUUUAUGGGAGUAGUAUUAGCUAUAUAGUACUAGUGCUUAGAAGCCUCGUGUCAACAGUACUAACUUUCAGGUAUGAUUGUCAUAUGGUCAGUGCAUUGUCCAAAUGUGGAAAGUGAUUAUGAUGUUUAUAUCUGAUAAUUUGAGUUUGGUUUCUUUCUACUUUGGCUCAGUUUUUUAUUUGAAGCAUGAAAGGGUGCUAACAUGCGCCUACUAAUGUGUAAAUGGUUGUUAACUUUCAUCUAUAUAAGAAUUUGAGCAUAUUGUAUACAUAAAUAAAGAAAUCACAAGUUUCUAUGCAA